UCUGCAUAUGAACUAUUUUUUUAGUUUCCUGAAAACGUUUACUAAUAAAGCUGUUUUUUCAACAAGCAGCAUGGCAAUUGCUAAGGACAGUUGUGACCAAAUGCUGUGAAAGCUACAAUUCUCAUAGAUAUUUGAAAUGUGGUAGAUAAAGGCAGCGUAGCAUGGUAAGCUUCAUGAACAGACAAAUAGACGCAGACGUGCAAGUAGGAGAGCAUCCUGAAGGCAAGCAACAAGCUGAAAACCACAAAAGGGUAAACAAACAAACAAAAAAAGCACGUCUACAACAUGCCAUGUAUUUUUGUUUUCAUGAAAGCUCUCUCUGGUCACAUAUGUUUGCUAUGAUAAUAUUUGCAUAUGCUAAUGCGUCUUUGCCCGACCGCAAAUCUAGCUAUACAAAUACGAUUCAAGUUGUUGGUAGAUGUAGUAGCGGUUGCAUUUAUCACUUCGAUUUUCACUCUCUCACAAAUCCAACGAAUCUGCUAUAAGAAAUAUUAAAU